UCAAAUAUAUUUUUUCUGUUGUGAGUGUGACUGCACAGAAGGCCCAGUGUGGAUCCUGGGCAUUGUACUUGCUCAGGAAGCAAAAGACUUUCAGGAGAUGGAUCUUUCCUUUUGUUUAAAUAAUUCCCUUGAAAAAUGACGUCACUUCCAGGAUCCUUCAAGGGUGAUGGCCCGGGGUGUAUCGGUGUUCAAAGUUUUUAUAACAGCAUUAUUCAUCAUUUCACAGACCACAGAACUACGCCCUUACAUCACAAAAGAGAAUUCGAACCUGUCAUGUUUUGAAUGUCCACCAGGGUUUUACCUCUCUGGAGAUUGCACCACAAAUAACACCAUCGCAGCCUGUAGGGUGUGUCCACAGGGUUAUUACUCCAGUGUCCCCGGUGUUCAUACCAGUUGUGCAAUAUGUUCAUCAUUCUGUGAGUCAAAUAAUCUUAUUGUGGUGUCUAGCUGCUCGUCAACAAACAAUUUGACAUGUGACUGUCCGUCAGGAAAGGUACUGAAGGAUCCACACGACAAACACCAUGCUAUAUGUGAGGAUCCACCAACACAUAAACCUCCAAAAACCACACAGAAUUAUGAUUACAGCAUAGUCAAAGAGGAUACCAAUGCUCUGAAGGAAGAUGCCAAAACAUUGAAGGAGAAUGUCAGGGCCAUGAAUGUUGAUGUCGGUACCAUGAAGGAGGAUGUUGGUAGACUAAAGGAGGAUGUUGGUGCCGUGAAGGAGGGUGUUGGUAGACUAAAGGAGGAUGUUGGUGCCGUGAAGGAGGGUGUUAGCUCAAUGAAGGACACUCUGAACGCCCUGUCAAAAGAUAUUAGUUACAUUGAAGAUGAUUACAGCAUAGUCAAAGAGGAUACCAAUGCUCUGAAGGAAGAUGCCAAAACAUUGAAGGAGAAUGUCAGGGCCAUGAAGGAUGAUGUCGGUACCAUGAAGGAGGAUGUUGGUAGACUAAAGGAGGAUGUCGGUGCCAUGAAGGAGGAUGCUAGCUCAAUGAAGGACACUCUGAACGCCCUGUCAAAAGAAAUUAGUCACAUCAAAGAUCUUACUAUUGCAAUCAUCAUCCUGAUUGUAGUCGUCAUUGGUUUUGUACUGGGUUGGUUUGUAAUACGCUGUAAAAAAUAUUGUGACUAUCUGAAAAGGACACUUGGAAAAAAUGAGGUCAGGGUUGCUGAUCGGGAGUAUUCAGAAUUGCCAAAAGGAGAAAACAAUCAAGACAAUAUAUCCAACAAAGAAAAUAGCCAUCGUGUGGACAAAAGGCGUCUUACAAAUGAUGAACUACCUCCUACAGAAUCAGAUUGUAUACCGAAGACAUAUAAUACUACAGAAUCAGAUUGUAUACCGAAGACAAAUAAUACUUAUGAUGUGUCUGUAAAGCUUGAAAUGUCGAAUAUUGCUCUCGGUUCCACUGUUAAUGGUGACAUUGUCGGGAAUGGGAACUGUUAACAAGGGAAACUGUUUGUGUUUUAUUAUUAGUUAAAACUGGAACAUUGGGGAGUGUGAUGUAGUUGUUAGUGGUGCGACACCUUAAAAGUUAGUUGAUACAUAAUGUGUUGUUACCUGAGUUUACCGUCGUUCGCGACUGCAAAUCAUUUCAAUUAUUAGAGCUAUUGUUAACGGGUAAUCACAGAUAUAGUGUUAGCUAAUUACUGCAUUGUAAUUUGUAUUGAUUGUAGUGUUGAGAAGUGUCAAUAAUUUAUGCUGAAGCAUGCAAUCCUACCUGGCCUAUUGUCCAGGACCAGAUGAUGUGGGUUAAGUUAUGCCCUCCGGUUAACUUUCCUAUUAAUGUCGCCAAACGAGCAGUCAUGACCACAGAUGACCGAUUUUAAUAACUUUUCAGUAGGUAAAAAUUGUGUGGCCAAAACAUAUCGCCAAUCUGAACUGUGACAUGACCUGGUUUGAAGUGAUGAUACCCAAGCCGCCAUAAUGAGCCCUUUUCACUGAUCCUGUGUAUGUACAAAUGUAUAAAUAAUCUAGUUCCAGGAUAUCUUUCUAAUCAAUUUGAUUUGUCUAACAACAGAUAAACUAGAUCAGCAUCCCAAAACUCUGUCAACGUACCCAAACACCGUACCACAUUUUAUUCCAAACACUUUUUGGUACAAGGGAGCCAGAUUUGGAAUGAUUUACCGGUUGAAGUACGACUCUCUUCCUCCUUGACAAAAUUCAAACUAAAUAUGAUUGGUAACAUUAAGAAUGCGGUUUAAUUGUCUUUUAUUUUUACUAUUAUACUUUUUAGAUACAGCUUUGAUUUGUUUUAUUUUCGCUAUAUUAGCGUG